AAGAAAGAGGCAAUUUGAGAGUUUUUUAAUCACACCACUCAUCAACCUAACUUCAACAACUACUCCACUCAGUUCUAUACUCUACAAAAGAGAGAAACAGAGAGAGUUGUGACAGAGAUUCAUGGCGGAAGCUUGCAGAGUGAGGAGGAUGAAGCUAGGAAGCCAAGGCCUUGAGGUAUCGGCACAAGGCCUUGGUUGCAUGGCCCUCUCCGCUCGCUACGGUGCUCCGAAGCCGGAAACUGAAGCCAUCGCUCUCCUCUACCAUGCUAUUAACUCCGGUGUUACUUUCUUUGACACCUCUGACAUGUACGGUCCUGAGACCAACGAGUUGCUCCUAGGCAAGGCUCUGAAAGAUGGCUUGAAGGAGAAAGUGGAGCUUGCGACCAAAUUUGGAUUCUUUAUAGUAGAGGGGGAAAUUUCCGAGAUAAGAGGAGAUCCUGAGUAUGUAAGGGCUGCGUGUGAGGCAAGUUUAAAGAGGCUAGAUAUUACCUGCAUUGAUCUCUAUUAUCAGCAUCGUGCUGAUACUCGUGUUCCUAUCGAAAUCACUAUGGGACAACUGAAGAAGCUAGUAGAAGAAGGUAAAGUAAAGUAUAUCGGUUUGUCUGAAGCUUCAGCAUCAACUAUCAGAAGGGCACAUGCUGUUCACCCGAUAACCGCGGUGCAAAUAGAAUGGUCCUUAUGGUCGAGAGACGCGGAAGAAGAUAUAAUUCCUACCUGCAGGGAACUUGGGAUUGGAAUUGUAGCUUAUAGCCCUUUAGGAAGAGGCUUCUUAGCAUCAGGUCCCAAGCUUGCUGAGAAUCUGGAAGACGAUGACUUCAGAAAGGCAACUACUACUCUACCAAGAUUCCAACAAGAAAACUUAGACCACAACAAGAUUCUCUUUGAGAAAGUAUCUGCAAUGUCUGCGAAGAAAGGAUGCUCUCCCGCACAACUAGCCCUUGCAUGGGUUCAUCACCAGGGAGCUGAUGUUUGCCCCAUUCCAGGAACCACGAAGAUCGAAAACCUCAACCAGAACAUUGGAGCUUUAUCAGUGAAACUUACUACCGAAGAGAUGUCUGAGCUCGAGUCCCUUGCCCAACCAGAGUCUGUGCAAGGAGAAAGAUAUAUGGCCUCAGUGUCCACCUUCAAGAACUCCGACACUCCACCGUUGUCUUCUUAGAAAGCCGCUUAAAACUGCAUGA